GUUUAGAAAACUACUUCCUGUUUCAAAGUCCAGACUCCUGCUGAAUGCUGCUGGAGCAGAGUGGAGGAAACUGUUGUUGUUAGCAGACAUGCAGGAGUCUGUGGAGUCCCUGGUCAGACUACUGGAGUCAUACAGAGGAAGAGAUAAAGUCAUCAGGACUGUCUGUUACGGCUCCCAGCUGGUUGGAGGAGUUCUUACCAAAAAGGGGGAAACAGACCUUUCUUCUCAGCAGCUUGGGAAAAGUUUGUUGCUGUUUUCUGCUCAGCUCAGCCACUGCAGGACCGUUCUGAGGCUGUUUGAUGAUCUCUCUAUGCUGGCGUACUCUCACAGCUAUGGGCUUGGUGCUUCAGAGGAGGAUGCAGGGGUUCGCUGGAUAUCGGUGCUGACCAAUGUGGCUGACCAGCUCUACUACCCAUGUGAACACGUUGCCUGGGCUGCCGAUGCUGAGCUGAUUAAAGUGCGGUCAGAUAAGUGGUGGUUGUUCAGUACUGUGCUGUGGGGAACCUCGCUGAUUCUGGGAAUCCUCGGAUCAUUAAGGGUUCUGCUGCUGUUGAAGAGGAAGUUGAAGGAGUACGGGAGGAACGGAGAAAGCAGCAGACACUCUCAGCUCUGCAGACAGAUGCGAGGGGAGCUGCUUUCCAUCAUUAGCAGCGCAGCUGACCUCAGUAACGCCGUUCACUGGAUGCCACCUGGCUUCCUUUGGGCAGGAUGCUUCCCCAGCUGGCUGGUGGGCUUGCUGGGCACCACUUCCUCUGUAAUCGGUUUGAUCCAGAUGAACACCAGUGGCAGCGAGCAGCCUGACAGCACCGGGUCGUCAUAACGAUGAAGAGCAGAUGUGACCUUUUCUACUAAAUGGAAGUUGGUGGGAAGAAACUGUUGAAGAUCUUUGAUUUGAUUAGCUCAUUUUGUUUGGGAUGUCUCGCUGUGUUGUAGGUGAAUAAAUAGAACACGUUUGUGGCUAACAAUCUAAAAUUUAGAAAGGGAGAAAAAGAAACAUUUCAGAUUUACUCUUUUAAAUGUCGUCAUAUUUUAAUUUUAUGACAGUCCAUCCAUCCAUUUGAAUCCGCUUAUCCGGAGUCGGGUCACGGGGGCAGCAGCCUAAGCUGAGAGGCCCAGACUUCCCUCUCCCCAGCCACUUGGGCCAGCUCCUCCGGGGAAUCCCAAGGCGUUCCCUGGCCAGGUGAGAGACAUGGUGUCGUGGCUCUCUCUUUAGGCCUCCUCCCAGUUGGACGUGCCCGGAAAACCUCACCAGGGAGGUAUCCAGGAGGCAUCCUGACCAGAUGCCCGAGCCACCUCAACUGGCUCCUCUCGAUGUGCAGUAGCAGUGGAUCUACUCUGGGCCCCUUCUGGAUGACCGAGCUUCUCACCCUAAGGGAGAGCCCAGCCACUCUGCAGAGAAAACUCAUUUUGGCCGCUUGUAUCCGCAAUCUCGUUCUUUCAGUCACUACCCAAAUCUCGUGACCAUAGGUGAGGGUAGGAACGUAGAUCGACCGGUAAAUUGAGAGCUUCGCCUUCUGGCUCAGCUUUCUCUCGACUACGACGGACCGGUACAACGCCCGCAUCUCUGCAGACGCAGUGCCAGGCUGCCUAUCGAUCUCACGCUCCAGUUUUCCCUCACUCGUGAACAAGACCCCGAGAUACUUAAACUCCUCCACUUGAGGCAGGACCUCAUCCCUGACCCAGAGAAGGCAUUCUACCCUUUUCCGAAUCAAGACCAUGGUCUUUUCUCUUUUAUGACAUUGACUUGCAAUAUUUGAUUAUAUUAAUCAUUUUUUUGUUCAAAUUUAUCAUUUUUUGUUAUAAGGAAUCAAAUUGUGUCAUUAUUUUAACUAUGUAUUUACAUGUCAUUUGUACUUUUAACAUGUAGGUUAGCUCAGUGUAUUUUACACACUAAUUUGUCUUUUUAAGAAAACAACAAAUACGCUGUCGUUUUCAUUUUCAAGUCACUGUAGUUUUGCACCAAAUAAUAAAAUAUUAGGCACCUUUUUGUUUAUCCAACCUGUUUUCUACUUGCAUCCAUAGCAGAGGUAAUAAUUUUAUUUCCCUUUCUCAGGGGCAUGGGAGUAAAUUGGAGCACAGAGGCAUAAACUUAAAGCUCAGAAAAUGUGUACUCCUAAUUAGGGAUGUGUAUUGGUGAAAUUAUGGAGAUAAUAUAUGUAUCACGAUACAUUCAGUCAGAAGAUAUUAACGAUUUUUUUAGUCUGAAAUUAUUAUAGGAAUAUUCAGUUAACAGUCCAAACCAAUACAUGUUUAACAUGGGGUAUCUGAACCAUGAUAGGGAGAUUUACAUUUCAGUGGUGGAAACAAAACGCACUGCUACCAACUAGUGGUCGAUGUUUGAAUUGCACCUAAAUGUUUGCAUACAAAUUCUUCCAAAAAUUAGAUACACAGCUUUUGAAUAUCGAUAUAAUAUUGCUGGAAAAAAUAUCAUGAUACACUGCCAUAUCGAUAUUUUCUUACAUCCCUACUCCUAAUAAUGCCCCAAACGGGCAAAAACUGGUGGCAGAAAUUCUGUAAACUGCGUUCAAAUCUCCAAACUUGUUCUUUUUCUUUUGAGUGAAUAAUCUGAUUUAUAUGACCGCAAGUGAUUUUAAGUUAUCCUUCAGCUUUGGAUUUGUCCUGACCUGUAAAAUCAAAUGCAGAAAAAUAUUUGCAUUAAUAAAACAACCCAAGUCAAACCAGCAUAUUUUGUUGAAUAUUGUUUUGCUGGUAAGAAAUGAACUCUUAUGUAAUCCAACAAUAGCAUUUGCUAAAAGAGAUGUUGAUGUGUUUUUGAUCAUUUGAAAAUUUUCAGCUUUUGACAUUGAAUUCUGAAUAAGAAUAUUUUAUUUGACGCUCAUUUCUUUAAAAAUAUUUUAAUAAAUGUUGAAUAAAACGUUCCAAAAAUUAUAUUUGAAUGUUCAACUUUGUUUCCGAUUCAGGUUCUUAGUAUGAACAAAAAACAUUUUUUGUUGUUAAAUGUUUAAACGUCCUAAAAUGGGAAAAAAAUAAAAAAGUAUU